CAAAAAAAGAAUCGUCGCACCCGUUUCCUAACAAUGGGUAAUGACCUCCACUAUCAUGUCUAGGUGGUCGUGUAUUCAUUCCCUGGCACGCACAAGUUACACCGUGACAACCUACAACAAUAUUGACUAGAAUAUAGGAUACAAAGACAAUCUUUCUGACCCACAUCGCUGAGACGUGCACCAGACUCUACAGCUUCAAGGUACGACAUUAUUGACCAGCGAUGUACAAAGUGGAGACAGUCUUGAAGAAUGUGGCGACCAAGUGUGGAGAAGGGCCCCACUGGGAGGACUCCACACAGACGUUGUUGUUUGUCGACCUUGACAUCGGCAAGAUCUUCAGAUACAAUCCCGCAACCCGCACCAACGACAUGAUCCAGCUCAAUGGGUGUGUAGGGUUCAUCGUCCCCCGCAGUAAAGGGGGAUUUGUGAUCGGACUGGAUCGAACCUUCUCAACUCUCGACUGGAACACCAAGACCGUCACCAAGUUGGCGGAAGUGGAACCCGGGACCAACAACAGGAUGAAUGAUGGGAAAUGUGACCCAAGAGGACGUCUGUGGGCAGGUACAAUGAGCAAGACACUGGAGGAUUUCCAGGGCAACUUGUACUGUCUGGACACGGAUGGUUCAGUGACCAAGAAAGUAGAGCGAACUAGCAUCUCUAAUGGGCUGGCGUGGUCCCCAGACAACACCACCAUGUACUUCGCCGACACGGCGCCACGUAAAGUGUACGCUUUCAACUAUGACAUAAACACUGGAGAUAUCACCAAUAAAAGAGUAGCUGUAGACUUUGACAAAGUCCCGGAAUUCCAAGGGAAGGUUCCCAGCCCUGACGGGAUGACGAUAGACAUUGACGGCAACAUAUGGGUGGCCUGUUUAGGUGGUGGCUGCAUGGCCAAAUUUGAUCCGAGAACAGGGGCGGCGCUGCAGCAGGUAGAUCUGCCUGACGCUACUCAGAUCACGUCGGCGGCGUGGGGAGGGAGGAACCUGGACGAGUUGUACGUCACCAGCCUCAGGAAGGAAAUUCCAGACAGUGAGCUCCAUACCGUCAACUCACAGGCCGGAUCACUGUUCAGAGUUACCGGCCUUGGCGUUCGAGGCAUCCCGGCAUAUGUCUACCAGGGCUGAAGAACAACAACAUCUUCUCCCGCCCAGUAUUUAGUCACCAUAUGUUUUAGUGGGUCAACACUGCAGAGUUAACACUGACGAAACAACGUUAAUUUGUUAUUAGAUAUGUGGGUCAAUAUCCUAUUGUUUCGAUCAUGUCUCAAAUUCGAUCGAUUCAACUUGGAACAUUUUAACAUAUGUCAACCUAUAAGAAACCUGAAUGCAUAAUCAAAGUUAUUGAUUACCUCCAGACCCCAUCGCACCUGCUUCUAUGUCAUCCUUCACGGUAAAGGAAAAGAUAAUAGCUGCCAGACUAAAUCAGACAAUGUAGUGUCUCCCUGUGUCAGGGAUCCGAAACCACAAUGGAAUAUCGGUUGAUUUUGUCAAAAAAGGAGAAAUUCUUAGUAAAAAUGAUAAGGUUUCAGCCUGUAAUGGAAUCAGUGUAAUAUCAAUGUUAACUGUGUAAUAUCAAUGUCAACUGUCUAAACGAAAUAGAGUGGUCUAAUAUCCUUUGGUAUUUCACAAACAACCUCUGGCAUAGGAUUAUUUUGUUUCUUGCUUGGACAUUUCGGAAAACUACAAUUCCGAAAACCACGACAAUAAGUAAUUAUUGAAAAGUCGAACUCAUGGUGUUUUAGCUUGUUUAAGGUCAAACGUGCAUUACCAUGCAAGUAAUAACAUAUUUCGGUAUUCAGAGCAAAGAACUUUAUGUUAACAAUACUAGGUUACUAAAUGCUUCUUAUUACCAGUUCCUGUAUUGUUGAUCGUGUAUCGUGCUUGCUGUCUGCUGUGUGUAUCUCUCGUAUAUUACAAGCAUAGUUCAUCCCAGGUUGUCACAUUGGUGAGUUCCGACUGGUUCAUGUACAGCUUGUAAAUAUAGACUUGUUAUAUAAACUAUAAUCUUCCAUGAUAUGGG